UCUGACCUAGUUAGUAAGCGUAUCAGACAACAGGUAAACAUAUCUGACCUAGUUAGUAAAUGUAUCAGACAACACGUAAACAUAUCUGACCUAGUUAUUAGUAAGCGUAUCAGACAACAAGAAAACAUAUCUGACCUAGUUAGAAAGUGUAUCAGACAACAGGUAAACAUAUCUGACCUAGUUAGUAAAUGUAUCAGACAACGCGUAAACAUAUCUGACCUAGUUAUCCUUAUUAUGCCCGUAGGCACAUAG